CGCCUGCGCAGAGCGCCGAGGCCUCGGGUGGCCUGUGCUGACUUGGCGCUUGCGCAGUGCGGGCUUUGGGGGCCUCCCAGCCUGAGGGAGAGGAGCUGGGAAGAUGGCGGCCGUGGUGGAGAAUGUAGUGAAGCUCCUCGGGGAGCAGUACUACAAAGAUGCCAUGGAACAGUGUCACAAUUACAACGCCCGCCUCUGUGCCGAGCGCAGCGUACGCCUUCCUUUCUUGGACUCACAGACUGGAGUAGCCCAGAGCAACUGUUAUAUCUGGAUGGAAAAGCGACACCGGGGUCCAGGAUUAGCCUCUGGACAGUUAUACUCCUACCCUGCCCGGCGAUGGCGGAAAAAGCGGCGAGCCCACCCACCUGAGGAUCCCCGACUUUCCUUCCCAUCUAUCAAACCAGACACAGAUCAGACCUUGAAGAAAGAAGGGCUUAUCUCUCAGGACGGCAGCAGCUUAGAAGCUCUGCUGCGCACUGACCCCCUGGAGAAGCGAGGUGCUCCAGACCCCCGAGUUGAUGAUGACAGCCUGGGCGAGUUUCCUGUGACCAACAGUCGAGCACGGAAGCGGAUCCUUGAACCGGAUGACUUCCUAGAUGACCUUGAUGAUGAGGACUAUGAAGAAGAUACUCCAAAGCGUCGGGGCAAGGGGAAAUCCAAGAGCAAGGGUGUGAGCAGUGCUCGGAAGAAGCUGGAAGCCUCCAUCCUGGAGGACCGGGACAAGCCCUAUGCCUGUGACAAUAGUUUCAAACAAAAGCAUACCUCGAAAGCGCCCCAGAGAGUUUGUGGAAAACGUUACAAGAACCGCCCUGGCCUCAGUUACCACUAUGCCCACUCCCACCUGGCUGAGGAGGAGGGCGAGGACAAGGAAGACUCCCAGCCACCCACCCCUGUUUCCCAGAGGUCUGAGGAGCAGAAAUCCAAGAAGGGUCCUGAUGGAUUGGCCCUGCCUAAUAAUUACUGCGAUUUCUGCCUGGGGGACUCAAAAAUCAACAAGAAGACAGGGCAGCCUGAGGAGCUAGUGUCCUGUUCUGACUGUGGCCGCUCAGGGCACCCGUCCUGCCUGCAGUUCACCCCUGUGAUGAUGGCGGCUGUGAAGACCUACCGCUGGCAGUGCAUUGAGUGCAAGUGCUGCAACCUCUGUGGCACCUCCGAGAACGACGACCAAUUGCUCUUCUGUGAUGACUGUGACCGUGGCUACCACAUGUACUGUCUCACCCCAUCCAUGUCGGAGCCUCCUGAAGGAAGCUGGAGCUGUCAUCUGUGUCUGGACCUGUUGAAGGAGAAAGCUUCCAUCUACCAGAACCAGAACUCCUCCUGAUGUGCCACCCCAGCACCCCCACACAUCUAAGGCUGUUACUCUUUUCCACCUUGGUUUCCACCCCCUCCUUCCUCCUUUCUUUGACAUGGGUGGUCCUGUCUUGCCAACCUGCCUUUGGCAACAGCGUAGGGAGGUAGCAGCUUUGACCGCCUCUGGCCCCAAGCCCUCAGGGAGUAAGGAGCUGCCCGCUUCUCUCUGCUCUCUAUGAAGUGCACUCGCUCUGCUUGCCUUGGGCCCAGGUCCCUGGUGAUGACAGGGUUCGGACCCUCUGAGAAAGUAUGAAAGCGGCUCACUUUUCUCAGCCUGGCCCACCCUGCACUCUGGUCGCCAGGGUUCUUUCCCACCGAAGGCAAGCCAGGCCUCUGCUGGUGGCAGCUGGGAGUGAGCAAGCCAAGGUGACCUGCCAGGAGCGCCGUGUCCUCUGUCAUGCUCCAUGGGUCUUGUGCUUGAGCUGGGAUGCUCUCGGGCACCUCCUGGAUGGCCCUGUCUGCCCCAUCUCACCCAGGGACUAGCAGCUUCCCCAUCCUUCCUGUGCUUGGCUGGCUCACUCACGGGUCGUCAUGGCUAGUCUCUGGCAACCCAAGCAUUCCCCACCCACAAGCUUCCUGUCACUGCCCCCCUCCUUGUUCCCUUUGGUAUUAUAGGGAGGGGAUGAGCCAGGGGCCAGGCCAGCCACUGGGGGUCACAGGGAGAAGUUGGAUAAUGUGCCUGUUUUUUAACUCGAUGAAAAAGCCUACCUCCAAAACCCCCUUUCUGUUCUUCCUAGACCUGGGCAUUCAGCUUCCUGCCCUUCCUGAGUCCGGAGCCUGUGACUCAUGGCUGCCAGGUCCCAGGGUGGGUCCCCUUCCCUUGCACGCUAGCCAGCAGCUGGUAAGGUCUUCACACCCUGAAUCCUCUGUUCUGCUUGGUGGCACUGACAUUAAGUAGGGAGGGGGACAGUCCACACCAGGACACUCUGGUGACCUUCCCCUUUAGCUGUGGGUAGGCCCUGACUGUCAGUUUUGACAGAGUUGAGGCCCCUCCCCCUUCUUUAGUUCCUGUAUUCUAAACAUGAGUAAAAAUAAACAUUUUUACACAGUGG